AUGACCGUUAAAAAAUUCGAUCAAGAGGAAAUAGUCGAGAUAAUGACUGUUUCAUCAACAUCAAAGGUUGGGCACACAGAUGUUCCAGCUAUUGGAACUACACAUUCCUCAAAAGAGUCGGCCACAACAACACGUCAACCGAUGCAGUCACAACAUAGCGCGAGUAUAGCAAUUUGCAUAUCGCUGCCUAAGGUAACCAUACUGAAAUUCGAUGGCGAUUAUCUGACGUGGGGUCAAUUCAAUGAUUUGUUCACUGAAAUGAUCCACAAGCAGCAGCUUCCUAAUGCGCAGAAAAUGUGGUACCUCAAAGGUAGUUUAUCAGGAGAAGAAAAAGGUUUAGUCCGACACCUGUCAAUAACCAACGAGAAUUAUCAAGCGGCGUGGAACUUGCUACAAGAACGAUAUCAUAACAAAAGGAUUAUUGUAGCAACAAUUAUUCAAAGGAUUUUAAGUCAACCUACAAUAUCAACCACUCCUUCAGAAGAUAUAAGGAGAAAUAAGAACACUACAUGA